UCGCAUUGCUUUCCAUAAGUCUUUUCCUAAAAACAUUGAAUUGGAUCGGAUUCACUGUGUGAAGCGAUCUGAAUAAUCUCAAGUUUUUAAUUUCAUCGUUCGAGUAAAUCGCGGAAAAAUGGUCGUUAAGAAGCCACGCGCGAAGAAGAAGGUGGUCGGUUCAAGCAAAAAGGUUGCUCCAGCACCUUUGGCCGUCAAAAAAGUUGAACCAAAGAAGGUUGUCAACCCACUUUUUGAAAAACGACCAAAGAAUUUCGGAAUCGGUCAAAACAUUCAACCAAAACGUGAUUUGUCACGAUUCGUUCGCUGGCCAAAAUAUGUUCGCGUUCAACGUCAACGUAUCAUCUUGCAAAAGCGAUUGAAGAUCCCACCACCAAUCAACCAAUUCAGCCAAACAUUGGACAAACAAACCGCCGUUCAAUUGUUCAAGCUUUUGGAAAAAUACCGGCCAGAAUCGAAAUUGGCUAAGAAACAACGCCUAAAGAAGCAAGCCGAACUUAAGGCCAAGGGCAAGGAAACUGCACCCAAGAAGAAGCCAAUCUUUGUCCGUGCAGGUACCAACACCGUCACCAAGUUGGUCGAACAAAAGAAAGCUCAAUUGGUUGUCAUCGCUCACGAUGUCGAUCCACUUGAAGUUGUUUUGUUCUUGCCAGCAUUGUGCCGCAAAAUGGGUGUCCCAUAUUGCAUCGUCAAAGGAAAGGCACGUUUGGGAACAUUAGUUCGUCGCAAGACCUGCUCGGCUGUUGCAUUGGCCAACGUUGAUGCUGCUGACCGCUCAAACUUGACAAAAUUGGUUGAAACCAUCAAGACCAAUUACAAUGAACGUGCUGACGAAAUCCGUAAACACUGGGGUGGUGGUCUCCUCGGUGCCAAAUCAAUGGCCCGUAUCGCCAAAUUGGAAAAGGCAAAGGCACGUGAAUUGGCGCAGAAACAAGGUUAAACUUUUUUCAACAUUCGCGCAUAAGAAAAAUUAAAAACAUUUUACAAACCUGGUAUUUGUAUUUAAAAGCAGAUGAUUCAUAAAUAAAUAAUGAAUAUCAAGUGAA